AUGUUCUCGUCCGCUGCUGGACCUUUUCAGCAACAGCUUCCGUCGAGCAGGUCUCAGACGCCGUUUCAGCGCCUCAAACCAAUAUGCGUGGAACUCCUCUCACUCGCAGGACGUCGAACCACAACAACACCAUCGCAAACACAGCCCGUGGUAGCAUGUUUGCGUCGACUCAAGAGCACGCUUCGAGCGCUUCUCUCCGACAGUAAUGCAGACUCCAGGAACUUUCAAGCGUCGGCUGCGUCCUCAUCAAAGCUGAUCCCUUCCGGCGUGGAACCGACCCUCUCGCCAUCCCUCAUCAGCUAUGUCUUCUACCCACUUUCGGAACUCAUCAACUCUGCACCAAAGGGAAUCACCAGCUUUCCGGACUCGAUAGCGGAAGAGGUGCUCGAGGUACUGUCGGCGCUGUGCAGUCAAUGGUGGACCAGCUGGGCGCCUGUCGAUGCGGAAAGCAAGCAUCGGCAGGUGUGGUGCGAUCUCGUGAUUCUGUCAAGCUCGGUGCUGGGCUCCCCGACUAGCAAAGCUGGAACAGAUCUUGGACCGCAGCUGAGGCAUGGCGACGAGGUCAAAGUAGCAGCACUGAGAGUUCUAGAUGAGCUCCUUGCGCCUCGAUUCAAGUCUCUUUGUUCAGCAAGUGCCACAAGAAAUGGAAAGAAUCGAGAAUUCGAGUGGGAAUGGGAUGGCGUAUCAGAGCUCCCGAUGAUGGACGAUCAGCCAGCAGCCACAGCGAAACAGGAAGGAUCAUCCUCAUAUCGAUCUGAAGGCGCCAUGGUUCUCGUGUGCCCUACUCCAGCACACCUUUCAUACGCUGCAUCAGAAAGGGUCGCAAAGGGAGCUAUCAGCUUUGUCUUGUCAACCUCCUUCGCCAUCGCCGAAUCCUCUCCAGAGUCUACGGAAGUGCGAACAGCCGCUAUCAAUGUCGCCCGUCACGCGCUACUGCUUUGGAUCGGAGGAACCUGCACGCUUCCUUCAACGAGCCCGGGAGCCUUUCAACCAGAUGUCCCGCCUCUACACCAUACCGACCUCUCUCCAUCCUCAUCUACUGGCUCGAGCUCUGACAGCACAUCAGCCCAGAUCGCGACAGCUCAGCGACUACGUCCGCUCCUUCCCGGUAUCACAUCUUCGCUGACACGACUUGCGACGAGUCGAGUCAAGUCAAAGCAGGUUGGUUCGAAAAUUAAACCCACUCCGAGCCCUGUUGCUACGUCAGCGAUCGAGUUGCUCGGCGAUCUACUCAGGGCUACCAUCUCGGACCAGACUUUGCAGGACAUCAUCGUUCAGCACGAGCCCAUCACUCAGCUUCGCUCUCGUACAGCCAGUGUGGAUACGACGAUUCCAGUAACCGACCUCGAAGACUUUGCCGACGCGCGACUCGGUGACGACCUCAGCUCGUCUUCAGCAGAUGCGGACGUAUCGAAAGAGCAAGAUCUACGACCCGAUGGAUCAGCGCAAGAGGCGGACUCACCCGGGUCAGCUCUAAACAAGGAUGCUCAGUGGGCUCUGUCAACACUAGCACAGGUCCAUCUAGCGCUCAAAACGUUCUCCCCGCUCACACAACCUUCGCUCCCCGGAACAAUGCUGCCAUCCUCCGUUCACUCAUCUGUCCAGAUCUCUCUCCUGCGCCUCGCAGUGGCUCUGCUGUCCGAAUGUGCAAGCUCCUUCCGGUGGCUCGACGAGCAGUUAGCAGGGAUGGAACGUCUCGAUACCAACGGGGACAGAAGCGCGACUUUGGAAAGCACAAAUUCGUCCAGCAUCACGACGCUGCUAUCUUGGCUCAUCGAUCUUGCCUCAAAGGUGAAUUUAGACACAGUGUCGAAGAAUACAAGAGCAGCUUUCGACGCUUUGCAGCAGAGAGCGAUGACAAGCAAGGGUGUGUCGAGCCUCGUUCAACUUGGCAACGGAUCGAUGCUGUGGAAGGUGCUCGUACAGGCAUUCGACAGUCUGCCGUCAGCGAUCACAGCACAGAACGACGCUAGCGUCUCCAGGCUCACUCUGCGCAUAAGCACCAGCCUCGACCUUCUACAGCGACAAAUGGGCCGAGACAGUCUCAACGUAUCGGUCGGACUGGCAAAGCUGGCCCAGGAGAUGCAAGGCGCAUGCGUGCGCCUACUUCCUCCUCUGAGGAUAGACAGACUCGAACACGUCGAAGAAACACCCACACUGUCCACAUCCACCACAUGGCGACUGCAACCCAUCUUCUCUGGUCUGGAAGCAAGCACAUCCAGCCACAUCAGCAAGAUGUUCUACGAUCUCGGACGUGCUCUCGCCCACUCGCUUGUCAACGAGAUCAAACGAGCCCCGGAUAGCAUUAAGAUCGACUACAAUCAUAUGUUUUCGCUGAUCACAUUUCUGGCGGAGAGAGCUGCUCGGAUGAGGUCUAUCCGGCUGGAUGCUAAGGGCGCUGAGGGUGGCGCUAACGCAGAUGCACGGAUGAGGGAGGAGAGCUUGACGUCGCUCUUGGUGGCAGCGGACAUGCUGCGUGGUGUCAGCAGCUGUUUGGACAAUCUGGAGCUCGGAGUGCAAUUCAGUGCGAUGGGAGCUGGGGCAGGGCAGGCGAGCAAGCAGGCGAGAAAGGUGGCGCAUAGGUUGGCGAAGAAGGUGUUUGGGCUGGUGAUGGAGAUGCUGGAUGGGGAUGCGGAGGAGGCAAUUCGAUCGAGAUCUGACUCGGUUCGCGCCUCCGAUGUGGUAGAACAGGAUGCGGCUGAUACGACCACAGAAUCUUCCGAACUACUCUCCAUCGAGAAUGCGUCCGGAUCAACCCUAGUGGAGCGAGUCAAAGGCAUCUCACUGGCCACCACGGACAUCUCCUCCUCCACCCCUGCACGACACGGUCCCGCCCUCGACCUUGCCUUCGUCCAAGCAGCCGACUUGACGAAACCCUCCACCUCGACUCAGACCUCCAACCAGCUCUCCCUUCAACACCGCUUCCGACAAGCCGAACAGAAAAUCGACCAGUCCAAUGCUCUGCUAUUCUCUCUGCUCUCCAGCACGUCGAAGCUUCUCGGCCAAUCGUUCCGGUGCCUCCUUCUUCGAGGAGCCUACCCCCUGAUCAGCGGCAUGUCAGCUUCCACCACCGCCUCAUCCGACCUGGUCCGUCAAUCGUCUGUUUCGGCGGUCAAAGACAUUGCAUUCUAUACGGCCUACGCCGACGUCAAGAACUGCCUGCUGGAUCAUGCGGAUUACAUCCUGGGUGCUGCGUGUCAGAGGUUGAUCUCGGGACUGGAUGAGGAGCUACGUGCUAUUGCAGCGGGUGACGCGCUGAUCAGUGACCGGCCUUCAAGGUCGAUGACGCGAAAAGGGGAUGCGGGGAGGCAAUUGGUGGUACUGCCACUGAUCUCGGCUCAGAGAGCACCGUUCGUGCUGGUGGAGAUGAUCAGGGUGUUGGGAAGCGAGAUCAUCCCGAUGGUGGAAGACGCGAUCGACGAGAUCUUGGAUGCCAUGGAUCGGUUUCAUCAUCACCCGACAAUUUGCGACGGACUGCUUGCGGUGCUCGACUCGAUCUUGGAGACUAUGGCGGUCGAGCAGACGAGCAAGCUGCCAGCUCCGAAGAAGGUUAGGAUGAUCGAUGCUGUUGCGCGGGAGAUGAAACGAGAUGAAGUGGAUGUCUUCAAGUCGUGGCUUGAGGCACGUCGCCGCGAAGCGAGGGUGUUCGACGAUACGUCGACAUCCGAGCAGCGGGAUGAAGCGGAGGAAGAGAAGAAGGAAGACGAAGAGGACAAGCCGACCAAAUCGCAACAGGUCGCGACGCAGAUCCUCAACAAAGCCAGCAUGUUCUUGACCCACCCUUCGCCUAUCCUCCGCACGCGUGUGCUUCGUCUACUCCAACACGGCGUAGAGACCCUCGCUCCUCAGGACAGGACAUCCGAACUGCUACCGAUCAUCAACGGCGCUUGGCCCUUCGUCAUGACCCGCCUGGGUGCAUCCUACUCCAACUCCAAAAGCUCAACUUCAACCCGACUGGAACCGAUCAUCGAUCUGACUCCAUCCAGCAAGGGCGCAAAGGCGAGGGAGAGGGACGAACAGUGGUACAGAAGGUGCGAGGAAGCGUUGGUGGAGAGGGAUGCAGGGGUGUGGGUGGCAGCAGCGAGGUUUGUGGAGGCGGCGGUGAAGGGGGUCCCUGACUUUGUGGGCAAGAGGGUGGUGGAGGAGGCGUGGCCUAGGUUUGAGGUGUUGUUGAGCUUGAUACGGUGGAAGUUCGGAAGGGCGGGGAGGGAAGCGGACCCGACGCAUGAUUCGAGACGAGUGACAAGUUUGAUGGCCGGAGAUCAGCGACAAGCUCUGCUCGAAUCAGAACGGCACACCGGCUCCUCGGCACCGAUCCAAUCACUCCUUCAAUCCUCAUCGUCACCCCAUGCAUCCUUACCCACAUCGACCACACACUCGCACAUCGACCAACCCUUCAUUCUUCCCUCCACCUCCAGCCUCCCCGCUCAACUCACACUCUGUAUCAUCACCACGCUCACCAGCGUUGUCCGACACCUCAACGCGCGCAUGCCAGACGACGCAGCGUGGUCCAUCACCACCCACCCUUACCUUUUGGGGCUGCUGGACGCACGUCAACCACCCACCAUCCUACGCGCCGCAGAGGACAUGUAUAUCGAGCUGGGCAAACGGAAUCCACAUGCGACGAGUUGGGCGGUCAAAGCUGCCUUUCCCACCGCUACUACGGUCGACGUGGAGACGCCGUGUUACAUGCAUCAUGCGAGGGCCAAGGUGCACAGGGAGACGGUGCAUCAUUUGUUGGAUUGCUUUGCGGAGUUCUGA